CACAACUCUUUACAUCGAUCUCGACCAUACCAGAAUCCCUCCAACAAGUUUGGCACGUUUCGUCUGAAAGUUCUACAUCCCAUGGGCCAUAGCCAGUAGCAACACUACCAUCCUCGACAUGUCCACUACCGCUACCGUCCGACCCCAUUUCAACUUCGAGGUCGAGAUCGAGCUCCUGGUCAAGCCUAAAGAGGGCAAUACUAAACUGUACAGGGACCUCAAGGCGUCGGGCUUUGAUCCAGCUCUCAAACCAGGCCAUGAUGCGGACAAGAAAAAGGCAGAGAGAAAUCGGACAGAAAUACGUAAGGCUUUGGCGGCAGCCUUGACCGUCUGCGAUGUUGAAGCCAAAAUCGAUGGUGCCAGCUACGAAACGUGGUACGUCAAGGAGGAGGGUAGCCUCAGUGAAGUUGCGGACGAGAGAGGGGGCGGUUACUGGGCCAUUAAAUUGGUCUCUAAAAUCAUGUCGACCGAUGAAGAGAACUGGGCCGAUGAUCUCGAAAACGUGUUCCAGGUUGUGUUGACCAACUUCGAUGUCUUGUUGACCAAAGGCUGCUCUAUGCAUGUCCACGUUGCCCCGGGGCCGAAGUGGAAUGUGACGUCUUUGCGCAACUUUAUGAAGGCGACGGGAGUUUUCGACGACGCUAUCACGAAGAUCAUGCCUGCGGAGCGCAAGAAGAACCCUUGGGCUAGAUCCAACUUCCACGAUGGCCCUGGGCCCGCAGACAAAGCACAGCCGGCGCUGAAAAAAGCAUUCGACGAGGUCCCUUCGAAAGCCUGGAAACCGCUAUUUGCGGUUUUUGACAAGAUCGAGAUGACCAACGUUCUCCUCACUUGGGGACAGGUCCGCGAGGUGUCAUGGAAUCUUGCAUCCCUCCACAAAUCUGAAACUGUCGAGUUCCGACGACCCCCUGGUGUCAAGACAGCUGCGGCCGCACAGAAAUGGGCUACCUUCGCCGUCGCCUUCGUUUGUGCCGGCACCCAAUCAGACUGGCAGGCUCCGUGGCUGUUGAACAAAAGGAGCGCCACCGUUGGCGAGCUCCAAUCCUUUGUCUCGAGUGGACUUGAGCUCCUUGGUUGGGAACACCUUCUGGAUACCCGUGAGCUGACCGAAAACACCUCGUCGGCGAUGCCGCUCGAACAUUUCGAUUGGGAGGGGGUGAAGCGCAAGCUGGGCGAAAGCUAAGAAGCCGAGCGGAAUUGAGGAAAAGGCCGAGGCUCGGGUUGAUAAGGGUGGGUUGGAAAAGUCGGCGUUCAUUAGCCGGUGCCGUCGACUUUUACUUUCGAGGUUGGGAUGGCGGUGAUGGCUUCCAUGUUGAUUAGCACCCUCUGGCCAAAAAAGGCCGAACUCGAAACUGAAGGAAAGCAAGAAAUCAAGCAAAAAGAACAAAUGAAAAGAGAUGGAGAAGACUAAGUCAAAUGAAAAAAAGAGGGUAAAAGAAAAGGAAAUGGAGUAAAUAGAGU